UGUACUCCACCGACUUUUCUUGCUCUCUGAAUUAUCAGAUUCACUAUUCCUCGAGUGGCAGCAUUGUUUAAAAUUGAAAGAGCAUGACUUUGGAAUCAAAUCAGCGUUAGAAUCUCAGUUUACUACCUAAUUAGCAAAUUUUUCACCUCUCUGAACCUCAGUUUUCUCAGCUGUAAAGUGAACAUGAUAAUGUUAACAUUCAAGGUUGUCCGUAGACUUGGAAAAUGGUUAUCAGUUAACCCAAACCACUGCCGUUGAGUCGAUUCCGACUCAUAGUGACCCCAUGGGGUUUCCAAGGCUGUAAAUCUCUACAGAAGUAGACUGCCACAUCUCUCUCCCUUGGAGCCACUGGUGGCUUCGAACUGCUGACCUUUCGGUUAACUGUUAAUCGCUUUAACCACCGCAUCACCAGGACUCCUUUUAUCAAUUGAUAGCAGGCUUUUAGUCAAUAGUAUUGAUGUUGGUGAUGAUGAUUAUCUAGGUUAGGAAAACUUCAACCUUUGCAUAAUAAGUUGCCUUUCUGAGGGAAGGAAUUGGUUCUCUGUGCUCCAAUUCGAUACAUACAAGGAAGCACAGAAUAGCACCUCCUGUUUUGGUCAAGUUCUUGUUUAUGGAACUGUCCAAUGUGCAGUUCAGCGAUCAAAAGGAGUGCAGGGCAGUUCAUCUCAUUCAUGUAGGGAGAUCUAGCCAGUUACAAAGCAAUCACUAAAGUAUAAAGAAAGAGAAGGGGAUUUUCAAGGUAAAAGUACAUAAGUUAUUUUUUUAUAUCGGCCAGUAGCAUACACAGGGGAAACGUUUGCCAUGAAUUUAGUGCAGGGCAAAGCUGUAUCAGUUUGACAAGGAGGACACAUGCCUGUUUCUCUUCAAAAUUAUGUAAAAGAAUACAGAAAAUUGCCUAAAACAUAUUUAAUUGGACUGGGAAGUCUGGUUGUUAAUCAGCUCUGUUCGUUUGACUCAUUUGUUCAAAAUCUUAUGCCUUCUUACUGUCCGCUGCAUUAAGUGCAUACUCUUCGAUCUGAGGGUCAAAAUGUGCACAGUGUGGUCCCCAGCUAUCUUUCCAUCCCAUCAGCCCAUCGAACGUGGGCUUGAAUCCUGGCAUCUCUGGCUCUGAGGUUUCAAGGUGCUGGCGUGGUUGCCCAAUCCUGCACCAUCCUCACAAUUGUUGCUGUGCUUGAGCUCAUUGUUGUAGCCACUGUAUCAAUCCAUCUCAUUCAGGGUCCUACCUCCCCUUACAGGAUGCUUGCAAUUACAGUGAACCUACCUGGAUAAUCCAGGGCAGUUUCCCAUUGCAAAGACCUUAACCUAAUUACAUCUGCAGAAUCCUUUUGGUCACGUAAGGUAACGUAUUUACAGGUUCUUCUGAGGAUUAGGAUAUAGACAUCUUUGCAGGCUAUUGUUCUGCCUACUGGGGGCCUGGUGGCACAACAGUUAAGCCCUUGGCUGCUAAUUGAAAGGUUGGUGGUUCAAACCCACCCAGUGGCUCUGCAGAAGAAGGACCUUGUGAUCUGUUUCUGUAAAGAAACCUUAUGGAUAAGUUUUACUCUGUCACGUGGGGUUGCUUUGAGUUGAAUUUGACUCAGUGGUGCCGGUAAUGGAUUGAAUUGCAUCCCCAAAAAUGUGCGUUAACUUGGCUAGGGCAUGAUUCCUAGUACUGUGUGGUUGUCCAUUUUGUGAUCUGAUGUAAUUAUCCUAUGUGUUAUAAAUUCUAACCUCUGUGAUGUUAAUGAGGCAGGAUUAGAGACCGUUAUGUUACUGAGGCAGGACACAAUCUGUAUUUUGAGUCAAUCUCUUUUGAGAUACAAAACAGAGAAUAGAGCAGAAGGGAGAAGGGACCUCCUACCACCAAGAAAGAAUACCUGGGAGUAGAGUGUGUCCUUUGGACCCAGGGUUCCUGUGCUGAGAAACUCCUAAACCCAGGGGAAGAUUGAUGACAGGGAUCUUCCUCCAGAGCCAACGGAGAGAGAAAACCUUCCCCUGGAGCUGGUGUCCUGAAUUCAUACUUCAAGCCUUCUAGACUGUGAGAGAAUAAAUUUCUGUUUGUUAAAGCCAUCCGUUCGUGGUAUUCCUGUUAUAGCAGCACUAGAUAGCUAAGACAACACAUAAUGACAACAAGUUUCUGUCUACUAACAAGUGUCUACCGUGUUGUUGUGGGUAUAAGCGAGAUAUUAUAUAUAAAGUUCUUAGCCUUGUGCUUUGCCCAGUGAAUUAUCCCUGUCUUCCCUACACUCCUCUCACAUGUGUACCAUCUGCCUUAUUCAGACAGGGCCACUGGCCUGCAACAUGUUCUACUUGUUGCCUUGCCCUUCUUCACUUUCCUCUGUCUUCCCUUUCACUUUCGUCUGUUGAAACAUAUUUAUCCCUCAAGGGCCAUUUCAAGUUCCCCCUUUUCCAUGAAUGAAUUCCCUAGUGUUAUUUAUGAAUGAUCUCUGUGAAGAAAAGUUUUUCUUUAAAAAGUUCUUGAAUUUCUUCACCUUCGAAGAUGUCUGAGGUAAUUGUGAAGCAAGUUUAGAGGGCUGAACAACCAGUUCAUUCCAGCCUUAUUUAGAUGAGUUUUCCAUACAACACAAAGGGUAAACUGGGCUACAUAACAGGAUUGUUAUUAAGAUCUCAUCAGUGAGGUAUAGGUAGUCAAUCCAACUAAAAUAUCUAGUGCUGUUGUUUAUUGCCAUUCAGCCGACUCCAACUUGUGGCGACCCCAUGCACAACAGAACAAAACGUAGCCUGAUCCUGUGCCAUCUUCAUGAUCGUUGAUGCACCUGAGUCCAUUGUUGCAGUGACUGUAUGUUGAGUGCCUUCCAACCUAGUGGUGCAUUUUCUGAGGUGGUUUUAGCUGAAGAGAAGGCAACUGGGAAACUCUUUGCUGUCAAGUGCAUCCCUAAGAAGGCGCUGAAAGGCAAAGAAAGCAGCAUAGAGAAUGAGAUCGCUGUGCUGAGGAAGAUUAAGCAUGAAAACAUCGUUGCCCUGGAAGAUAUUUAUGAAAGCCCAAAUCACUUGUACUUGGUCAUGCAGCUUGUAUCUGGUGGAGAGCUGUUUGAUCGGAUAGUGGAGAAGGGAUUUUACACAGAGAAAGAUGCCAGUACCCUGAUCCGCCAGGUCUUGGAUGCUGUGUACUAUCUCCACAGGAUGGGCAUCGUCCACAGGGAUCUCAAGCCGGAAAAUCUACUGUACUACAGUCAAGACGAGGAGUCGAAGAUAAUGAUCAGUGACUUUGGAUUGUCAAAAAUGGAGGGCAAAGGCGAUGUGAUGUCCACAGCCUGUGGAACCCCAGGCUAUGUUGCUCCUGAGGUCCUCGCCCAGAAACCUUACAGCAAAGCUGUUGACUGCUGGUCCAUCGGGGUGAUUGCCUACAUCUUGCUCUGUGGCUACCCUCCUUUUUAUGACGAAAAUGACUCCAAACUCUUUGAACAGAUACUCAAGGCAGAAUAUGAGUUUGACUCCCCCUACUGGGACGACAUCUCUGACUCUGCUAAAGACUUCAUUCGGAAUUUGAUGGAGAAAGAUCCAAAUAAAAGAUACACGUGUGAGCAGGCAGCCCGGCACCCGUGGAUCGCUGGUGACACAGCCCUCAACAAAAACAUCCACGAGUCUGUCAGCGCCCAGAUCCGGAAGAACUUUGCAAAAAGCAAAUGGAGACAAGCAUUCAAUGCCACGGCCGUUGUGAGACAUAUGAGAAGACUACAUCUUGGCAGCAGCCUGGACAGUUCAAAUGCAAGUGUUUCGAGCAGCCUCAGCUUGGCCAGCCAAAAAGAUUGCCUGGCAUCCUCCGCCCUCUGUAGUUUCAUUUCCUCCUCGGGGGUCUCAGGAGUUGGAGCUGAACGAAGACCGAGGCCCACCACUGUGACGACGGUGCAUACUGGCAGGAAGUGACUAGCUCUGGAGGCAGGGCCCGGGGGCGGGGCCUCAGAUGGGCCCAAAGAGUGGGGCCUGGGGGUGGAGCCUCGGGAGGGGCCUGGGAAGGGGUGCCCCCACGGCCUCCAGUGCCAAGAGCCCCUCCAGAGCAAUCUCACCUUGCAUGGUGCACCUUCCUGCACAGGACUGGAAGACAGAAGUUUUUUUAUGGCCAUAUUUUAUACUGCAAUUCUGAAGUGUUCAUUUCUCACAAACUGUACUGACUCAAGGGGAGCUGAUUUAAUAGGAUCUGGUGCUGUACAUAUGAAUCUUGCAAAGCUCUAACUGAAUGGACCUUCUUAUUCCUCACCCCAACUCCCUGUCGUUUCCACUCUUCUCAGUGUAGGUAACCGUCUAUGUUGUAUUUUUUCAUUAAUGAGGAAAAGGUUUCAACUGGAUUAUUUAAUAUUGGUAAAUACUGUGCUUUAGGUUUUUUUUUUCUUUUAAGAAGUGUGUCCUUUCUAGUUAUAUGACCUCUAUCUUUUGUUCAUCAAUAAGUAGAGAUUUAUGUUAACCCUUUAAAAGAACUUCUUCCCCCUCUGAGGAGAAUUUCAAGGUAUUUUUAAAAAUUCUAAUAAGAGGAUCCAGCAUCUGUCUCCAAGGCUAAGAGUGCACUUUACUUCUUUUCCUUCUCUUUUCCUCCCCUUUCUUGGGAGGAUCAGCUAAAAUGACAACUCAGCAGUUCUAUAGGGCUGUCUUCUCCAUGAAGUCUUUGCGGGGGAACCUGCAGAAAACCCGUCCUAGCAGCUCCUCCGAAAAACUCCAGGCCAACCAGAGACCCUAGCAACUCAUCAGUGGUCAGAAAUAAACGUGCUCCCUGGGGCUAAACUUUGCGGGCUGACCUUGCUGUGAACGAGGUGCCCCACAAAGCGAAGAUGCCAGAGCCUCCUUUACAAAAGGAAUGAUUUGCCCUUUUGUUUAAAGGGAAAUUCCCACACCCAGCGCUCACCUCUCACAAGGAGUAACACAGCUGAAAGCAGUCUUAAAAUUAACCUCUCUCUCUCUUUUUAAUGGAAUUCUAAACUAAUACUUAGAAUAAUCUCCAACUCACACAAGUUUUUUCUCCAAAUGUUUGCCAUAUUCUUAGUAUGAAUGCUAUCCAAGGGAGAGGGAGAGGACCAACUUUGGAAGAGAAUCCAUUUGUCUGGGGUGCUAAGGGAAGGUGACCUGCCAAGCAAACAGGACGUUGGCCACCUCAGAGAUGGUCAGAGAGCACCUUAGCCAGGCCCAGCUGGGCUUGAAGGCAGCUUUGCGAGCAGCGGAAUCUGAAAGCCUAAGACCUGUGGUGGAAGGGUGUCCAGCCAUCCCAGUUUGCCUGGGACUGAAGGAUUUACUGGGACACUGGACUUUCCUAAAACAAGGAAAGUCCCAGGUGAAUCAGGCCAGUUCAUGGAUAGCAGGCAGAGUGGGCACAGCGUGAAACCCAAGGCAAAACCACUUUUCAAGGAGGCAUCAAGGAUGAGCUCUUGUCUGGCCGAGCAGGUGGCUCCAGCCAACCAGCUUGGCAAAAGCCCUCCCUGGCCUCACACCCGUCUAGCACCCAAUUACAGCCCUUACUUCUGUUCAGUGUGAGUGUGAAGUCUGCACAGUCAGCCUUGAGCUUGCCAAGGAUCCCGGGAGCUCUGCCUGUGCUGCAAUGAUGAUCCUGGGCUGACUUCCCUGGCUGUUGUCCCUGUGCCCUUCUCCUACAGGUGGACAGACUGAUCAGGUCCUGCUGGUCAAACCAUCUUUGUCACUUCUACACCUUUGCAUGUGUCCAGGCCAAAAUGUUUCUGUUAUGCUCACUCCCUACCACCCCUCCACAUACACACACAGAUAGUGUUAUUUGGUUCAGAGCCUAGAAUGUGUUUGAUGGCAGUACUAGUAUAUAUGAGCACAGCUGGAAAGAUGGGCAGCUGGUCCACCACUGUCCCCACAUGUGUUAGGGGCAUGCGGCCACUUGGCAGGAAUCCUGCUUGGAGUCUGCCACACAUGCAUACAAAGGGAAGAGCAAGCCAUUACUCCGAAAUGUGUAAAAGGCCUGGGAAAGUUGAUUUAAUAACAACAGACCCAAUUAAUAAGCAAGCAUCACCAAAGUUGGGUAUGCCUCAACCCCUCACCUUCAGAAGGACAAUGACAUGAAUACUGUAAACAAUAUUAGAGAAAUAUUUGAGAAAACUGCAGAAUCUCUUCAGGAGGUUUCUGAACAUGUCUCUUAUUAACAAGUGUAAUGGAAAAUUCAACUUCAUAGAGAUAAGAAAAAAAGUUGGUAGAAUGUUGUAAGGGGACCUGAAUUUGCUACCUGUCAUGUGCUGGAAUAGUCAUGGGCUGUUUGUGCUGUGUGCUGUACACAGCCAUUUGCGUUUAAAAAGCAAGAUUUGAAGCCAUAUUCUAUUACUGGUGAUAAAAAUAUUUUCUGGAGCCAGUAUACGUGGUGCGUGGAAUAUGCAGUUUGAAAGGAUGACUAACCUGAAAAGUGCAGAGUAGCUGAGAUGUACCCUGUUGCAGGUGGCCUCUUUGCUGCUUGGAGUCAGUCCUUGGCCAUGCUCUGGCUCCACCUAGCACACAUCAGGUCUCAGUAACGCAGUACCAGGAGGUGGAGACUGGCUUCAGGCCAACAGUAGACUCUGCUGGGCAUGACAUCAGGGCAGGCCUAGGCUUCCUCUUAGGUUAUUUCCUAUCGUUUUAGGAAGAGGAGAAAAUAAAUACCACACAGAAGAGCUUUUGCUCUUGAGGGAGCCCCAGUGGUAAAAGGAUAAAGAGGUUCUCUUCCAACUGUGCUUGGUGUAGUUCAUGUCUUAUUACAAAACAGGAGGAGAACCCAGAAUAUACCUCUUAAGACCUGGCAAAUGAGAUGGCAUAGCCCUAGGACCCUUACUGAUGUCAAAUUCAGCAGGUAUUAGCAGAGCAUUUAAUAUGUGCAACCAGGCUAGAUGUGCCUUGAAGCCAGCAUGUUGGUGAAGCUCAGGGUGGACACAUCACAGGUCUUUUUAACCCCAAACCCCAAACUGGAUAUCUUCACGUUUUCAAAGCAAAGGAACUUUUUUUCCCUCCUCACUUGAAUACUAAAUUUUGAAAUUUGUGUCCUGGGGUGGUCUUUCCCUCACCUGCCUGUCUCUCUGGCUUUGCUUCCCUGAUCUUCAUCUCGUAAAUGAGGCAAUAAGAGGAGCUUAUAUUUGUCUGAAACAGUGAGUCCACACCCUACUCUGGCCUCUGGCACCUUUGGAAAUAUUGCUGCUACCUUUGCCAAGGUACUGCUGGGGUCUUGGCUGCCACAGAUCCCCAUCCUCACAUGGGGGUCUGGAGCAUCGGGUUGGGUGGAGCAAAGUCAGUUGGAGCUGAGAAGGGUAGAACAUGCGAAAGAGAUGUGCACACACACAAAAAAGUUACUGUCAGUCAGUUCUGACUCAUGGCAAUCCCAUGCGUGUCAGAGUAGAAUAGUGCUCCAUAGGAUUUUCAAUGGCUGGUUUUUCAGAAGUGAAUCACCAGGCCCUCUUCUGAGUUGCCUCUGGGUGGACUCGAAUCUCCAACCUUUUGGUUAACAGCCGAAUACAUUUUGUACUGCCUAGGGAUGUGCACAUACGAAAAUCCCUUGAGAAAAGAGGAGGCUGCCCAGCCGGAUAGAUGGUGACCCCACGGUUGCUUGUGGCUUUUGCAGUGAGUGGUGGUUGACGUCCACACCCUCUUACUGUCCCUGACUGCAUAGAACAGAAAGGAUAACCUUUUUUUAAGAAAAGAAUUACACAGAAACGAUGCCCCUCCGCCAAAAAAAAAAAAAAAAAAAACAGGCGUGGUUUAAUGUUCUUGACCUUGGCAGUGAUUCUGGUCAUUUGUAAAGCCUCACCACAAGGACAGGCCACAGCCUCAAACUGACAUAGGAGAACCUUUGAGAGGGUCCCAAGUAGUUUUUACAGCUUUGUGUGCAAGGAACCCAGCAGUCCAGCUUAGGGCAAAAGAAGACGCCCUUGGCUAAAUAAGCAAAGCUUUGGCUUUUUUUUUUUUUUUUUGGCUUUAGAAAACAUUAACGGUUUGAUAAAAGGGUUUUGAUGUAUUGAACCCCAGAUUCAGUUUACCUACUUAGCAUUAAUCCACCCUGUCUGUCUGCCUUGGUAUUCAGCUUUUCCUGGAUGGAUUGUGGAUGGUAAAGGGAGCGUCUCCUUUAGAACAAAGGCCAAGAACACCAGGGACACAGGGAAGGGAGCCCAGAUGUUCCCCUCCUGAAAGGCAUUGACCCUCUUUCUCGUGGAGUGACAGCCUAGUCUGAUCAACCCACUGGGGUUGGAUGUUUAUGAGCAAUUUUCAACAGGAAGACCAUACCCCAGUGGGGGUAGAUUCAGUAUUUGAUGGCUUUGGGCACCAUAGACUCUUGUUCACCCAGAACCUUGGCCAGUAUUGAUUCUUCACAUUGGGGAAGCCACACUGGAAACAUUUCUCCAGGGCAGAAGGCAGGAGAGCUGGCUAACGCACGUCAGAUUUAGCCAGCAACAUUCCCUGCUUCAUAUAACUUCUGCAAGCGUGCCACAGGGAUUCCUUUGAGUCUGUGAACAGAAGGCAAGGGCAGGUAAAGGGCAGCUCCUCCAGUUUCCAUCAACAGAAUUCAGAUGUCCUCUUUCCCAGGUUUGCAAAAUCACUUCUGGCAAAUGAAAUGAUAGAUCCUCUGGUUCCACCAACGCACGAAACCUUUGCAUGUUACUAACCAGUACAACUUUCGCUUUGUCUACUCACACUUUGCAAAGUUUGCCUUUUCCUUAAACACAUUCCAGACCAAACACUGUUCAGUUUGUUUCCAAAAAAACAAUGUAUAUACCUGUACGUAAUUCACCACUCUUUUACGGGGUACUUGGUCCUGGGUUGGGGCUGAAAGUAUAGCAGGCAUUUGCAAAAAGUGUUCCAACCCUUCGAUAUUCAGAAUGGAAACUGUUGAGAUAGAAAUGCUGAAUUGGGAAAAUAGAUUCCUAAAGAAAAAAAGUUGAUUUCCAAAGACUCCAUGAAAAUCGGUACGCAGAUGAGUUAGCUGGAAAAACUCGACUGUGGGCAGCAGGCAUCUCUGAGGAGAGGAGAGAGAGGAAGGUACAGGCCCACACCCCGUUCACUUGGUACCUCCAUUGUGAUCCAGCUCAUCGUGGUCUGCAGCUCGUGUCUACACAGGCACUUCUCAGCCUGCGCAGGACCCCAAGCCUGCUGCGAGGUCUGCCCUGCGUGCUGGCGAAGGCCGGGCCUGCUCCCUCCUUCUAGCAGCAGCCCAUGCGCCCUGAGCACAGGAGUCUGCCCUUCUGGACCUUCUGCCGCCUGUGUCCUGAGCAGCCCCGCUUGUGGCUUUGGGGGGCUCUGCUUCUUCAAACGCAAAGGCCGUCCAUUUGGAUGCUCAACACUCAGCAUGUGGCUGCCAAGUCUGGUUUUGUGGACAAAGCAAACCGUGGAAUGGCUUCGGUUUCUGUAUCUUUCUACACCAAAGGGACAAACUGUCACGUUCACCCUUUGUACUAAUGCCGCUUCUGCAUUCACCAUGUACAUUUUUAACCUUUUUGUCUCUAGGGAACUUCAAAUAAGGUUCUGAUAUCUUCUGAUUAUUUACCAUGUCAUUUUACUUACAGGUGAUUUUAUUUUCUUAUGGACAGGAAAAACAGAAAAGGAGAGGAGUGUUUGAGGCUUUAGUCAUAGAGUUAAGGCAUCACCAGGACUCUGUAGCCCCAAACACCAGGGGCAUAGCGAGGGAGAGAGAGGGGGCACUUGCCCCCAGGUGCAAGUCCAAGAGGUGCCAGACAGGCACAGAAUGACAUUCCGAGGCACCACAGAUAUAAAAGGCGCCUGAAUGAGGCAGCCAGACAAGAGGGGGAUGUCAUUUUUUCUAUGUCUAUUCAUCUUGAGGAAACCCUGUUGGCAUAGUGGUUAAGAGCUAUGGCUGCUAACAAAAAGGUCAGCAGUUCAAAUCCACCAGGCGCUCCUUGGAAACUCUAUGGGACCAGUUCCACUCUGUCCUAUAGGGUUGCUAUGAGUCGGAAUCGACUCAAUGGCAACGAGUUUGGUUUGGGUUUUUUUUUUUUUAAUUCAUCUUGAAAUUGCGGGGGGAGGGACUAAACUUUAGAGUUUGCCCUGGGUGCUCGUUACCCUCAGUAUGCCCCUGCCAAACACUAAAUUGCUUCUCAAAGGAAAAUACAUGGACAGACUAAGAUACCUGGCCUCCUGGUAGCCCCACACUUGGGGGAGCAGGACCCUGGGGAAGGGCUGGCAGCCAGACUUGGGGAGAGAGCUAAAGAAGGGACAAGAAUGUCAACUGGAACAUUCACCCUGCAGCCCCAGGACUGAAGCCUGUGCUCUCUCUUCCACGGGCUCUUGGGCUUUUUAGAAGAGGUGCAAGAUGCCAUCCAAAUGGCAGCAAAAGUGAUGCCACAUUGCAGCAGCCUCAUUGUUUUGGAAGAUGGGGCGGCAAGUUUCAGGGAACAUUUUAGUCCCAAGUUCAGGUUAGAAGACAUGAAAGGUACAUUCUGUCCAGAGUCAAAAUUGGAACAAUUUCUAAAUUGGCUUUAGUCACUACACAUAAAGAAAUUGUCCCUCUCUCUGCUCCCCCAACAGUGAGCAUGUUUUCCAAAAGCUUACAACACUGAACUCAAGAAUACCCCGUGUCUAUUAUUACCAGGCUUGCGAUUGGUUCAAUUGUUUCCGUAAAAACGUGCUUGUCUAAAAGAAGGGAAACUGCAUUUAUUCCAUGCAUGUAAUAAACUCUGCAAGAAGUUCAACCCAAAUAGGUUUGUGACACUGCAAAAUUGUUAAUGGGUCUAUUUAGCAAAUGAUUCUCUGCCUUGACAAUCAUUUACACAUAUCAAGAUUUCUAUCAUAAUGGUAACGAGAUUGAUGACUUAUUGUUUUCCUCCAAUAAAGACAAUUAAUCACCUUCA